CGUCGCGACAUGACACGCACCAUCUUCCAUCUUCUAACCAACCCAACUUUAGCCCACCAUGGUCAAUUUGGCCGAAAUCGGGGCCAAAUUGACGGCCGGCCGUCAACCUGGCCAGGAACUAUCACCGACUGCACGUGCAGCUAUUAUAGGUGCCGUUGCAGCCGGGGCUAGCCAGUCAGCCGUUGCCCGCGCGUUUCGCAUCGAUAGGACGGCUGUCUACCGCAUCCUUCAACGGUUCGAAUCAUCCACCACUGUUGAGUCCAAGCCUCGAACAGGCCGGCCAGAGAUUCUUAUAUGUCGGGAAAAGCGGUAUAUUCUACAAUUGGCUAAACGGCGUCCCUAGCUUAUAACCCAGAUGCUGAUCAAUACUAUAGACGGCCGUAUCUCCCGAUCAACGAUACACCAGGUUCUUCGCCAUCAUCGGAUACGCAAGUGGCGUAUACAAAAGAGAAUCCUAUUGACGAAGGCAGUAGCAAAGGAUAGAUAUCAAUUUGCGUGCCUUUGGUUAAAGG